UGAAGCAAUCAAAAUGGCGAUCAUAGUCAAAGGAAAAGUGAUCGUAUUUAGAAUAACAAUAAUGCUCUAUAAUGUCAUCCUGAUACAUUGUGGCAUUGUAGAAGUCAAUCUCGGAGGCACCUGGAUUGUUUCGAAUGCAAAUAACAGUAUUUCUGUGCCCGGAAUUGUUCCCGGAAAUGUUCACACAGCUUUGUACAGGAAUGGACAAAUUUCGGAUCCGUACUUCCGGUUUAAUGAUGUUAAGUAUCGCUGGAUAGCGUAUGAUAAUUGGACGUACACAAGGUCGUUGGAAGUUUCUGAAGAUGUCACAUCAAAAGGGAACAUUCUGUUGGUUUUCGAGGGCCUGGACACAGUUGCUGCAGUUCUGGUUAAUAAUAUUGAAGUUGGCCACUCAACAAACAUGUUCCACAGAUACAUCUUCAAUAUUAAGGAGGCUCUAAAAACUGGUUUGAACAAGAUUGAAGUGCGCUUCACUUCUGCAGUGCUCUAUGCUAAAGGGCAAGCCAAAGUGUAUCCAUAUCGUGUACCCCCUGAAUGUCCAGUCCCAGUUCAGCGUGGUGAGUGCCAUGGAAACUUUAUCAGAAAAGAACAGUGUUCAUUUAGUUGGGACUGGGGACCAGCCUUUGUUCCUCAAGGGAUUUGGAGAAAUGUAUCUCUGCAAGCUUACAACUCAGCUGUUAUAAGGGACAUCACAGUAACACCUAAAAAAGGUUCAACUAAUAUCACGUGGGAGUUGUCCAUGACACUUUUUAUGGAUUCUGCUGAGGAUGGUGUGACAGGUACAAUAAUCUUCAGCCUUCCUCAGCUGUCACGCUCUCAGAAGCUGGUCAUCAAACUGUCACAUGGUAUCCAUAAAAUUUCUUUCCCAGAGAUGCUGUUUACAGAAAAAGAUGACAUUAAGCCUUGGUGGCCUCAAGGAUAUGGCAAACCAAAUCUCUACACAGUUAAGGUUGUGUUUUUGAGCUCCUCUGGUGAUGAACAAUCAAGUAUUAGUCGUAACAUUGGUUUCAGGAAAGUGAAACUUGUACAGGAACCAAUUGCUUGUGCUCCAGGACGGGGAUUUCACUUUGAGAUCAAUGAUUUACCAAUAUUUCUUAAAGGAGCAAACUGGAUUCCUGCAGAUGCCUUUGAGGACCGUGUGACGAGCUCAGUUCUUUGGAAUCUUCUCAAGUCUGCAGCUGAUGCGAACAUGAACGUCGUGAGGAACUGGGGAGGAGGAGUCUAUCAAAAAGAUGAAUUUUACGACAUAGCGGACGAAUUAGGAUUACUUAUAUGGGAAGAAUUUAUGUUUGCCUGUGCUAUGUACCCGGUUGAUAAAGAUUUCUUGAAGUCAGUCAAAGAAGAAGUACAAUAUCAGGUGCGUCGGCUUCAGCACCAUCCGUCCGUUAUACUAUGGAGUGGUAACAAUGAAAAUGAAGCAGCUCUGGCCGACAACUGGUACAACACCAGCUCCUCGUUCACGAGGUACUCCAAUGAUUAUAGGAAGUUGUAUAUAGAUACUAUUAUGGAGACGCUGGAAAACGAAGACAAGAGCCGACCUUUUCUCUCAUCGUCUCCUUCGAAUGGAGUAGAUACCGAGAAGGAGGGAUGGGUGGCGAAGAAUCCAGGGAGCCCCUAUUGGGGAGAUGUGCACUUCUACGACUACGAGAUGGACUGUUGGAAUGUCAGCGGCUACCCUAAGCCCCGUUUUGCAUCUGAGUAUGGUUUCCAGUCCUACCCGUCUUUUGAGACUCUAGCGCAGGUGUCAGUGGAAGAGGACUGGGCCUACAAUAGUUCGUUCAUGGAUCAUAGGCAACAUCAUGCAGACGGUAAUGAGCAGAUGUUGAGCCAAGCUAAGAAGCAUUAUAAACUUCCCAACUCAACAGAGCCUUUGAAAAGAUUUUUGGACACUCUUUUUAUUAUCCAGGUGGCUCAAGCUCAGUGCAUGAAGACAGAGACUGAACAUUACAGACGUUUACAGAGUGAAUUAGUGAAGGGUGAAGGAAGAACAAUGGGCACAAUAUAUUGGCAGUUGAACAGUAUUUGGCAGGCUCCCACUUGGUCAUCUCUGGAAUAUGGAGGUCGUUGGAAGAUGCUUCAUUACUUUGUGAAAGAUUUCUUUGCGCCAGUUAUGGCGUCGCCAUACCAGGAGGGUGGCAAGUUCAGGCUCUAUGUAGUAUCCGACCUUAUGAAGCCAAUCUCGCAAGGUGCUGUGUCUCUGAAGGCGUGGUCAUGGUCUUCCUUCACACCACUGUACGUCAAAGAGGUCGCAUUUAACAUUGAUCAACAAACUUCGAAAUUGGUUUAUGAAGAUAAAGUGGAUACUCUCUUACACUCCAGCAAAUGUAAAAGUGCUCGACAUUGCGUCUUUACUGUGAAACCUAUGGACGCAAGCACAGGCGAAGAUCUGGGACCGACAAACGUCUUUUAUCCGACGAGUCUGUCGGAAGCACUGGGUAUGAGCGAUCCAAGAUUGAAGAUCGUAAAAGUUGCGCGAACGCCCAAAAAAGGAGAGUAUAGUGUGUAUAUUGAGGCCCAGUCUCCCGCUUGUUAUGUGUGGCUUGUAGCCGAAGAUGUCCGUGGACGCUUCUCAAAUAACGGUUUUCUUCUGAUCGAACCUUCCAAGACGGUGAUAUUCUACAGUUGGCAAGACACCACUGAAGACGAACUAGAGAAAAGUCUUUACAUCACGUCUCUUUAUGAUUUAUAUGCUUAGAUAAUUUAGUUAUAUAAUUUUGCCAUCCCUGACAUAGAUGUUAUUAAUUAGAUCUAGAAAGUCGGUGAGUUUUCAACUCGUCGUCCUUUGUGAAAACUCAAUUUUGUAAUUUUUCAUUCAAGUAAACAGCUGUCCAUACAACCAGGUAUCGAUAGUUAAAGAAAACAACAGGAUGAAAAUGGAAUUGAACAAAACUUGUAAAAAAAAAGGCGAACACUUGAACUUGCAUCUGCUACAUACUUAAAAAAAAGUCGUCGGAUGUUACGAUAAUUCGUCGUGCGAUUUGCAGAGACUGUGAUACUUUCUUUCCCCUUGAGCGGGAACUUGAAUAGUAAUUGCUUGGCAGUCACUAGUUAUUCUUAAAGUUUAAGCUGUUAGUUCAUCCCAUUUUUCGUGCGGCGUUCGUGCGAGAAAAACCACUCGGAGAACUCGGGCGAAGAGGCACUUUUGGAGCGAAAUCUUUGUGAAACGCGUUGAGGGUUAACCAACCUCAUUCCCAGGGCUUUUUGAAUAUUUUGGCGCCAAAAUAUUCAAAAAGCCCUGGGAACGAGGUUGGGGGUUAACGGAAGAUCGACGGCCACGCGGUUUGUGCCUGUUAAGACAGAUCGUUAUUUUUUUAUUUUUUUUAUUUUUAAUUUAAAGGUGCAUUUUAUCGGCUCAAACAACACUUAGCUAAAUGAAUGUAACCAAUUUAAACUCAACCCGCAGAAUUGGAUAACACCAUUGAAUAAAAUUGUACGAAGUGCAUCUAUGUUGCUUAGCAAUCCCUGAAAUAUGGAUUGAAAUUUGAUGUGUUUUGAUUGAAAUUUGUAGAAAAUCGCUAAUGUUACGUGUAGCAGAUAUUUCAUAUGAUUCUCCUUUGUUUCUGAGAAUUUUAGGACUCUGCAAAAGAUUCUAAUAUAAGCAUUAGCAGUACAAGUAUUUUGAACGCACUGAUCGUUUCAAAACAGACUUUCAGUUGUCGAUUUCGUACGUGAAAAAAAAUAUCUAUUAAAUAUUAUACCAUCUCUUUCAGGGAAUGUGUUUGCCAAAUGAACAAAUAUUUCUGACAUCGCUUUCAUUGUUAGUUAAUUAGCAUUUUUUAAUGAAAAGACUUUUAUAUUGUGAGGUUUAUGAUUGCCAAUAAAUGUUUUAGCACUAACAGGA